AGAGGGGAGGGGAGACCCGCCGCCUCCCUCCCUCGCUCGCUGACUCGCUCCCUCCCGGGCUGCGGCUGCUGCAACGGGGCGGCGGUGGCAGCAGCAGCGGGAGCAGUCUAGAAGCCGGCGUCGAGGUGAGACGGGGAUGGACAGAGGCUGCGGGAUUGCUGCUGUCUCUGCUGCUCCAUCCACUCCAUUGAGGUCCUCUCCUCUCUCCCCUCUCAAGAUGGCAGCCAGCAGCUCUGAGGUCUCGGAGAUGAAGGUGAUAGAAGAGGGUCCCCAAACCCAAGGAGAAGGGCCUGGCCAUUCUGAGGCCGAAACUGGCCCUCUCCAGGUCCCAGCUGGGGUCCCAGAUGAGCCAGAGGCCCUGCAGCCCGGCCCAGACGACACUGGGGCCCCUGUGGACUCAGAAACCAAAGCUGGACUGGCUCCAGAAACCACAGAGACCCUAACUGGGGCCCCAGGAACAGCCCAGGCCAGAGACCUCAGCUCAAGUCCAGGAGGGGAGUCAAAUGCCAACCCCAGCCCCAAAGAAGCACACCAAGAGCCGGCACCCAAACCAGAAGCAAAUAAAGAGGCCACUGCAGACCAGGGGUCUGAUCUGGGGUCUACAGCCCCACUUGAGCCAGCCUCAGAGUCUGCUCCCCAGCUGGACACCCAGUCAGACCCUCAGCCAGACUGCCAGCCAGAUUCCCAGCCCACCCCCAAGUCAGCUCUUCAGCCAGAGCCCCCUACCCAGGAGGACCCCACCCCUGAGGUCCUGACUGAGAGUGUGGGGGAAAAGCAAGAAAAUGGGGCAGUGGUUCCCCUGCAGGCUGGCGAUGGGGAAGAGGGCCCAGCCCCUCAGCCUCACUCGCCACCCUCAACAAAAACCCACCCAGCCAAUGGGGCUCCUCCCCGCGUGCUGCAGCAGCUGGUUGAGGAGGAUCGACUAGGAAGGGCUCACAGUGGGCAUCCAGGAUCUCCCAGAGGUAGCCUGAGCCGCCACCCCAGCUCCCAGCUGGCAGGGUCUGGGGUGGAGGGGGGUGAAGGCACCCAGAAACCUCGGGACUACAUCAUCCUCGCCAUCCUGUCCUGCUUCUGCCCCAUGUGGCCUGUCAACAUCGUGGCCUUCGCUUAUGCUGUCAUGGUGAGCCCCAUGGGACCCUGGCCCAGGCCUGCUGUGGCUCCCAGCUUCCUGCCAGCACCUGGACAGAACCCCGGGAGUAGCCUUGUCUUCCCCUCUCCUCUCUGCAUGGAUCUCACUUCCCAAUUAUGGGGAUUUUCCCGGCCUCUCCCUAGGACUUUACCGUCUGAGCCACCACUGCCCUACCCCGUCAGGUGGGAGGGAUGCCAAGACGUGUUUCACACCACCUUGCUGACCUGUGCCCUCCUCCCCCUGCCUCCCCAACCCUCUUUCCUCCUUUAACCACUGUCCACGGGGCCCGCCUGUCUCCUCUGGACAACUCUUUCACCUGAUCCCUGCUGGGCUGCCUUCUCCUGACCUGGGCCAUGGUGCCCCACCCCUCACCCUAACCCCAGUCCCGGAACAGCCUGCAGCAGGGGGACGUGGAUGGGGCCCAGCGUCUGGGCCGCGUGGCAAAGCUCUUAAGCAUCGUGGCGCUGGUAGGGGGGGUCCUCAUCAUCAUCGCCUCCUGCGUCAUCAACUUAGGCGGUGAGUGGGGGUCUGGGACAGGCUGGGAGGAAUGGAAGGGUUGGCAAGGGCAGCUUUACUAACCCCUUCCCCUGCUCUCUCCUGUCUGUCCUCCCUACUUCUCCUUUGUCUCUCCUUGUCUCCCCCUCCCCCCCCCCCCCCACUGUCUCUGUCUGUCCCUCCCUCUCCUCUCCCACAGUGUAUAAGUGAGGGGCUCUGCCCCGCAUUCCAAGAUUUUUCUUCCUGUUGGGAGCUGCCUUGGGCCCAUCCUCCCCUGGGGGGAGUCCAAUCGAUGGCCCAGGCCCGCACCCAUAGGGACCAAGGGAGCCUGAGCGGCCUUGUUUACAGCCAGCUUCUUUCCUGCUCCUGCAUCCUGCCAGGCUCCUGUGCCAACCGUAGGCCUCUCUUCUUCCUGCACUGUUUCCAACCUCCCUGCACUUCUGCCUGCAUCCCCUCCAGCCUCUUGGCCUCCCUAUCCCUGCACUUCUGGAAACCUCCCUGCACUUCUGGAAAUCUCCCUGAAGGUCUCACAAACUCUCUCUGCUCUCACCCUCCCUGCACUCCUCCCAACUUCCCGAAUUCCCUGCACCUCAGCCCCAGUGUCCCCCUUUCAACUUUCACUGUCGUGGCAUAUUUCCCCAUUCCUUUCUUCCUUCUCCCCGGUAUCAUCUCUCCUUCCCCUUUCACACCUUCUGCCCCCUUCCUGCCUCAUCCCCCCUCAGCAUUUCUUCCUCUCCUCAGGAUCCUUUCCUCUUCCCUCUUGCCACCGUUUUCUCUGCAAAAACUCCAGCACGUAGGUCAGGCUGGGGGAGGGGAGCGGUAUCAGGGGAGGGCUCCCCAGCCUGGGUUCCGACUGUUUUCUGCUGGGCCCACCCAGGUCCUGACGCCCCCGGAGCGCCUCUGGGUCGCAGAGCUGGCAAGCCAGGCCUUGUCUGGGGACUUGUGCAGGGUGUCGUGCACUGUUGCUAGCUCUGUUCUGAACACGCACCUGCGAGGAGGAAGGGGCGUGGCUGUUGACCCUCUCCGGUCAGCCCGAGUUGACCUGCCCCACCUGGGCUUUUUAACCCGGUCAGCGAGUUUCUUAAAGGCGUCGGGACUGGGGUCAUUCACGUGCUUUGUAGCGAAAGAACCCCGAAAUAGAUCCAAAGCUCCCAGAUGCAGGGAGCGAAUGAGGGGCGGGAAGCUCUAUAAUUAUUUUCCAAGAGGACGAGAGAGGUUUGUUGCACGCGACAGUCCGCUAGGGAGGCGGGGACCGAGCUAUGACGCUGUUUGGAGUUGGCGGGUUUUGUUUUCUUAAAAAAAAAAAAAAAAAAAAAAAAAAAAAAGCGUGGGGGAACACUAAAAGUCUUUAAAAAAAAAGAUACAUCAAACAGAUUCUCCCUCUUUGUAUGCCGGAUGCUGCAUGAGUCUGAAACACCAAUAAACGGAGACUGCAUGAGACUCGC